AGUGUGACAGCAGCGUUUCACCGGCUGCAUCUUCAGUGGAUCCAAUGAGGUGACGCCGCGUUCUGGGCCUGACUGCAACUAGUGAGUCGGUGAUAAGGGGAACCAAAACUACCAACUGGGACAACGGAGACGCAGAAAAUCAAACCAGCGCCUUGUGAACCAGUGUGGGAACCAUUGCUGAUAGGCCGGCCUGUGAAAGCUGGAUAGAUUAAUCUGGUUCCCUGAAGAAGCUCAGCAUGGGAGUAAGGAUUCAGAUGUUGGUUCUCACCUCCCUCGUUCUAGCUCUGUUCCCCUCUUUCACAGUCCCUGUAGCUGUCAUGUCAGUCGACCUUGGGAGUGAGUGGAUGAAAAUGGCAAUAGUAAAACCUGGAGUACCAAUGGAGAUAGUACUCAACAGGGAGUCGAGACGGAAAACACCCACCGUGGUUUGUCUUAAGGAAAACGAGAGACUCUUUGGAGACAGUGCACUAGGAGUGUCUGUGAAAAAUCCCAAAACGGUUUAUAGACACCUUCAAAGCCUUCUGGGUAAAAAGCAUGACAACCCCCAAGUGAAUGUCUAUCAGAACCGUUUUCCUGAGCAUCAUCUGCAGGAAGACCCAGUUAGAGGGACAGUUUACUUCAACAGCUCCCAAGAAAUGCGUUACUCACCUGAGGAGCUGCUGGGGAUGGUGCUCAAUUAUUCACGAGGGCUGGCUCAGGACUUUGCAGAACAGCCGAUCAAAGAUGCAGUCAUCACCGUCCCAGCCUUUUUCAACCAGGCAGAGCGGAGGGCAGUCCUACAUGCUGCACAGAUGGCAGGUCUAAAGGUCCUUCAGCUCAUCAAUGACAACACAGCUGUGGCCUUGAAUUAUGGUGUUUUCAGGAGGAAAGAUAUAGACGGCACAGCCAAGAAUGUCAUGUUUUACGAUAUGGGCUCAGGGAGCACAACAGCUACCAUUGUCUCGUACCAGACGGUGAAAACCAAGGAGUCUGGUACCCAGCCACAGCUGCAGAUCCGAGGAGUAGGGUUUGAUCGCAGUCUGGGUGGCUUUGAGAUGGACCUGCGACUGCGAGACCACCUGGCCAAUCUGUUCAACAACCAAAAGAAGAGUCCAAAGGAUGUGAGGGAGAACCACCGAGCCAUGGCCAAACUUCUCAAAGAGGCACAGAGACUGAAGACUGUUCUGAGUGCAAAUGUUGACUUCAUGGCCCAGGUAGAAGGCUUGAUGGAUGAUAUAGAUUUCAAGGCCAAGGUGACCAGAUCAGAGUUUGAGGAACUUUGUGCUGAUCUGUUUGAAAGGGUCCCUGGUCCUGUGCAGGAGGCCCUCACAGCAGCAGAUAUGAAGCUGGAAGAUAUCGAGCAGGUGAUUUUAGUUGGAGGGGCCACACGAGUCCCCAGGGUUCAAGAAGUGCUGCUCAAAGCUGUGGAGAAACAGGAGCUGGGGAAAAACAUCAAUGCAGAUGAGGCAGCAGCGCUGGGUGGCGUUUACCAGGCAGCUGCUCUCAGCAAAGCCUUUAAGGUUAAACCUUUCCAGGUUCGAGAUGCAGCCAUCUUCCCCAUUCAGGUGGAGUUCAUCCGGGAGAUGGAAGAAGAGGGUGUCAAGACCCUGAAACACAACAAGCGCAUCCUGUUCCAGAGGAUGGCGCCUUACCCUCAGCGGAAGGUCAUCACCUUCAAUCGCUAUAUUGAUGACUUUGCCUUCAAUAUCAACUAUGGAGACCUCAGCUUCCUGAGUCAGGAGGACCUCAGCAUGUUUGGCUCGAUGAACCUGACUACGGUCAGGCUAUCAGGAGUGGGCGGCAGCUUCCAGAAGCAUGCAGAUGCUGAGUCAAAGGGAAUCAAAGCUCACUUUAAUAUGGAUGAGAGUGGAGUGCUCCUGCUGGAUCGGGUGGAGUCCGUCUUUGAAACAGUUGUGGAGGAGAAGGAAGAGGAAUCUACUCUAACUAAGCUGGGCAAUACAAUUUCCACCUUGUUUGGAGGAGGAUCCUCUGAGCCUACACCAAAUGUAACUGAACCUGUGCAGGAGGAAGAGGAAGUUCCUCCAGAGUCUGGAAAGGAGAGCAGUGAGGGCCAGCAAGACAAGGAUAAAGAGACAAAAGAUGAUUUAGGAAAAAGUGAAAAUUUAGAGAAAAGCCAAGAGAAAUCUGAGGACACAGCUAGCAAAACCGAGACCCUGGGGGAAAAAGGGGAGAAAUCUGAAGGCUCAGGGACUGUUAAGAAGGCAAAAUCUCAGAAAAGAAGCAAAAUAUCUGAAGAUGUAACCCUGGCACUUCUCAUUAAUGACAUUGUGGACCCCACUGCUGAUGACCUUGUUUCCUCCAAAAAGAAGUUACAAGAUUUGACUGACAGAGAUCUAGCAAAGCAAGAAAGGGAGAAGGUUCUUAACAGUCUGGAAGCAUUCAUCUUUGAGACGCAGGACAAGCUUUACCAGGAGGAUCACCGGCAGGUGGUGACAGAGGAGGUGCAGGAGCAGAUCUUAACCAAGCUGAAGGAAGCUUCAGACUGGAUGGAUGAAGAGGGCUACACAGCCACUACAAAGGAGCUAAGAGAGAAGCUGUCUCAGCUCAAAGGCCUGUGCAAAGACAUGUUUUUCCGGGUAGCAGAGCGGAGAAAGUGGCCAGAGCUCCUAACCACCCUCGACAACAUGCUCAACACAUCAGUGUUCUUCCUCAGGGGGGCCAAGUUGAUUCCCAAGGAUGACCAGAUAUUUACUGAAGUGGAGCUAAAUAUGUUGGAAAAAGUCAUCAAUGAAACAACAAUAUGGAAAAAUGAGACUGUGGCAGAGCAGGAGAAACGAUCUCCGCAGGAGCGACCAGUUCUGCUGUCUAGAGACAUUGAGUCCAAGCUGAUCCUGCUAGAACGGGAAAUGAAUUAUCUGCUCAACAAAGCCAAGUUUUCCAAACCGAAGCCUAAACCUAAAGCUAAGAAUGACAUGAGUGCUGAUGCAGGCAACAAAACAAAUGAUACAGCAGAAGAAAAAGUUCUACCUCCCACAGAGGAAAGUGAGGAGCCAAAGACUGCAGAAAGCUUAGAGGAGCAGAAGCCAGAUGAAUCUUCGCCCACUGAGGAGAGCACUCCACAUACAGCUUCUGACAGCCAAUCACAGCCCACAGAAGAAACGAUAAGUCAAGAGUCUACAGAGAGCACUGCACAUGGAAACCAUGUAGAAGAUGAAUUAUAACAACUGGAUCUGUGUUGGGAAAAGGAUAUCGUUAUUUAUUGACACAUUUUCAGCUUUGUUUGCCUUUUUUUAAUUUUCCCUUUUUUAUUGCCCUGUGUGUUCAGUUGCUGGGCGUAUCCUGGUUAAAGACUGGAGAAAACUCAAUUCACCCACUGUGUCUUGCUGUGUUCUCUUCUGCUCUUUGGAUUCUGGUAACAUUGGAUACUCUAAAGAGGCAGUUUGUUUAAAAAAGAAAACCAGAGACUACGUUUGUGGCCAGAUAUAUGUAGUAAACAAAAAUUUGAAUUCAAUCUUUAAACAAAAGUUUCCAGUGGUCAAGUCUACCAGAAAACAGCCAGAUUAGUAAAUACUUUCAAAAAGUCUGAAUGCUUUAACCAUGGAUGGCCAGCUGGCUUAGAAUUGAACCAAACUCCGCCGGUAUUUGCUCAACAGGAUAGCUUUUGAAUGAUUCACAGAGAAUAUUUUUAUUUUAUUUGUCACAAAGUUAAGUUGUAAGACUGAGAGCAAUUUCCAAAAGUGAGCAAAGUUUAAGUAAAUAUCAGCAGUAAUUACUCAUUUUUGUAACUCUAGAUCUGAUACAGAGACCAGCUCUAUUAGAGAGGGUAAGUUUUAACUGGUCUACAGACUGGAAUGUUUUAAGCAGCAGCAUUUUCCCCUAAUCUGAAAAUGGGGGAGAGUGGUGCUGGAUCAGCUCCCCAGUUUAGAUGGUGGUGAAAGUGUCAACACCGAGUAACUGCUGUUCUGAUUACAAGCUUGGAUACAAUCAAGAUGUAUUCAGAAAGAACAAUGCUUGGCCAGCUAUGGUCCAUCAUGUAGCUAUGGAUCAAGUAUUGGAGAUGAUUUGUUCAGUUUUUCCAGUUAUUAGGCCUGCUCUCAGUCAGGCUUUUUCUGAUGCCUGCAUAAUCUCCAAGAAGAGGAUGUGAAUGGUAAAUGUCAAGGGAGUAAUGUCAUAGGUUUUCACCACUAUAUACACUGUGGGGUUUUCUUUUUACUCUCCAAACCUGUUCCAGUGCCAAGUCAGAGUUGUUUCUAAAACUGAAAAGACCAAUACUAGGACUUUAAAACUAGCUCAUCCCUGUCUGGUUUGAAGAAAGAACGGCUUUCUUUCAGAACCCACCAGACAAUUAAAAUGUGAAUUCUGUGUUUAACUGAAACUCUGAACCUUUCGUCUGCUUGAGUGAUGACAACAAAAAUCUAAAUACUGAAUAUUAAGAAGUUGAGUGAGCACUGAAGUAACGAGGUCACUCUGUCAUGUAGAAAACAAACCAAUGCACAACAUUGAGCUGCUACUGUCCCAUAAUUCACCUUCAGCCUCGUUUGUGUUCCCAAACACACACUGUUGUAAAAACAGUGUUUGCAAAUAAAGCUGUUGUUGGUAGAAUA